AUAUAACUCCGCCCUCCCCUCCUUCUCUUACAUCUCCAAUCUCUGUGUCAGAGUCUCUCUCUCCCUCCUCUGGCCUCAACUACUACGCACCCACCAACCACCAUCAGUGAGAGACUCUCUCCUUUUCCCUCCCUACAGAAACUUCCACUCCUUGCACAUUCCUUGUCUGUAUCCGGUUCCGCCCUUGGUUCCUGUGACACUAUCCCCUUCGUCUUCCGAGGUAUGCAAUCUUCGUCCAGUUCCAUGAAGAUUUCUCCGUUGGAUCUAAUGUCGGCCAUCAUCAAGGGCAAAGUAGACCCCUCCAGCGUCUCUUCCGACUCCUUAAACGAGGUCGCUUCCCUCAUUCUCGACAACCGCGAGAUUUUUAUGAUUUUGACCACUUCUAUCGCGGUCCUGAUCGGAUGCGUUGUCGUUUUGAUUUGGCGGAGAUCCAACGGUUCGAAACCCAAAGCCGUCGAGCCGCCCAGGCCGUUGAUCGUGAAGGAGCCGGAGGUCGAAGUCGACGAUGGCAAAAAGAAGGUCACUAUCUUCUUUGGCACGCAGACCGGUACCGCCGAAGGAUUCGCAAAGGCGUUAGCUGACGAGGCCAAAGCGCGAUACGAAAAAGCCACGUUUAAAGUAGUUGAUAUGGACGAUUAUGCGGCCGAUGACGAAGAGUACGAGGAAAAGCUGAAAAAAGAGACUUUGGCUUUCUUCUUCUUGGCCACAUAUGGAGAUGGUGAGCCGACCGACAAUGCGGCGAGAUUCUAUAAAUGGUUUACGGAGGGGAAAGAGAGAGGGAAGUGGCUUCAGAACCUUCAGUACGGAGUGUUUGGCCUUGGCAAUCGGCAGUACGAGCAUUUCAAUAAGGUUGCAAAGGUGGUGGAUGACAUCCUCGCCGAGCAGGGCGGGAAGUGCCUUGUACCCGUGGGUCUUGGAGACGACGAUCAAUGCAUUGAGGAUGACUUCACUGCAUGGAGGGAAAUGCUGUGGCCUGAGUUGGACCAGCUGCUUCGAGAUGAAGAUGAUCCAACAACAGCUACCACCCCUUACACUGCCGCCAUAUUGGAGUAUCGAGUUGUGUUCCAUGAUAGUGCAAAUGUAUCAGUGGAUGACAAGGGUUGGGGUAGUGCUAAUGGUAACACUGUUUACGAUGUUCAACAUCCAUGCAGGGCUAAUGUUGCUGUGAGGAAGGAACUUCACACUUCUGAAUCUGAUCGUUCUUGCAUUCACCUGGAGUUUGACAUUUCUAGCACUGGGCUUUUAUACGAAACUGGGGAUCACGUUGGUGUUUGCUGUGAGAAUCAAAAUGAAGUUGUAGAGGAGGCAGUGAGCUUAUUGGGUUUGUCACCAGAUACUUAUUUCUCCGUCCACACUGAUAAGGAGGAUGGCACACCGAUUAGUGGAAGCUCCUUGCCCUCUCCUUUCCCACCCUGUACUUUAAGAACAGCACUUACACGAUAUGCUGAUCUUUUGAGUUCACCCAAAAAGUCUGCCCUACUCGCUUUAGCUGCUCAUGCUUCUGAUCCGACUGAAGCUGACCGUUUAAGACAUCUUGCAUCACCAGCUGGAAAGGAUGAAUAUGCACAAUGGGUGGUUGCUAGUCAGAGAAGCCUCCUUGAAAUCAUGGCUGAAUUUUCAUCAGCAAGGCCACCACUCGGUGUCUUCUUCGCAGCAGUUGCCCCACGCUUGCAGCCGAGAUUCUAUUCAAUCUCUUCAUCCCCAAAGAUGGCUCCAUCUAGGAUUCACGUUACUUGUGCAUUGGUUUAUGAGAAAACACCAACAGGGCGGAUUCACAAAGGAGUGUGUUCUACUUGGAUGAAGAAUGCUGUGCCCCUGGAGAAAAGCCAUGAUUGCAGUUGGGCUCCGAUUUUUGUCAGGCAGUCAAACUUUAAACUUCCUGUAGAUGCUAAAGUGCCUAUCAUCAUGAUUGGCCCUGGCACUGGAUUGGCUCCUUUCAGGGGUUUCCUUCAGGAAAGACUAGCUCUCAAAGAAGCAGGAGUGGAGCUGGGGCCCUCAGUCUUAUUUUUUGGAUGCAGGAAUUGUAAGAUGGAUUUCAUUUAUGAAGACGAGCUGAACAACUUCAUUGAAACUGGUGCUCUUUCUGAGCUAGUUGUUGCCUUCUCACGUGAGGGACCCACCAAGCUGUAUGUGCAGCAUAGAAUGACCGAGAAGGCUGCAGAUAUUUGGAACAUGAUUUCUCAGGGUGGUUACAUUUAUGUAUGUGGUGAUGCCAAAGGCAUGGCUAGGGAUGUCCACCGAACCCUCCAUACCAUUGUGCAAGAACAGGGAUCUCUGGACAGUUCCAAAGCUGAGAGCAUGGUGAAGAAUCUGCAAAUGAGUGGCAGGUAUCUGCGUGAUGUAUGGUGAUGAUCAUUUGGAUUAGGACGAACAAACCUAUUGGAAGUGUGCAAAAGAGAGACGAUUUAUGAGGGGGAGUAAAGGACGUAUGGGCGCAAGGGCUUAAUGUGAUGUCUUCGAUUACCAUUUGCGACCUUGCAAUGACAAUUGCACGUUGUCUCCUUAAGAGAAAUUGGCAUCUUGAUUCUUUUGAACUUUUCCAUAUGAAGGAUUUUUUUUUUUUUUUAAUUUUUUGUUUUGUUUAAUAUAAUCAAUAAUACAUAAUAUACUUAAUUAUCAUUAGGUACAGAUUAUGGGGUCUCUUGUAUGAACCUGCAGCAAGAAGGUUCAAAUAACAGAAAGCUAACGUUCUCCUUCGAUGUAAUUUACAUUGCAUGGAUUUAUUUAUAUUUGGUAUCUGAAAUAAACAAAUUUAUUUUUGAGAGGAUAUAAGUUACUAGGUCGUUUCAAAUAUGAUUUAAGUCCUCUUGUGGAAUCCAAUAUAUUCUGAUCUCCUGCAAUUUUUAACCAAGAAGAUAUGAACUAUAAUUCCUCUAAAUGAUAUAUUAGGGAAUUUUCUGGAGUUCCAUAAGGGUUGGUUUUGGUUGAUCGUGUCCCACAAGAAGUAAUGGCCCUCCACCAUCUUCCCAACUAUCUACUAAUUCAAAAAUUGGAACUGACACUUUACCAAAUAAUGAUGAUAAGAAAGUAACGCUUCCACUUUUACCGGCUUAGCCGCAAAAGUUGACUUUUGCUGUUUUCGCACAAGGAUAAGCGGCAAAAAACUUAUUAUCACAUAGUAACUUCGACAAGAAUGGGACAACCAAAUUUCAAAAGAAAAACUCUAAGUUCAGUCGCCUGGGUUAAGCGGCUCGUAAGUGGCUGCUGAUGUGGCAAUAAAUAAAAACGUACUGUUUUAAAAUUUUCACAAUUUCAAAUUCCACUUGACCAAUCACACUUCAAAACUCUCAGUUCCCUCUUUCUCUGUGACUUUUCAUUCCUCAUUCCCUCCCUCUCUACGAUUUUUCUUUUUUCCUCCUUCCCUCCCUCUUUGCUUGUCACGAGAGUCCUCCCCGAAGUCCCCUUGAAGCUCCCUCCCUCGAAGCCACGUCCCGCCGCUUACGGCUUCCCUCAGUGUCGAGAUUGAAAGUCUGAGACCACCCACACAAACGAAGCUUUUGAUUCGUCCUUCCCUCAACCACGUCUCCUAACGAAGGUAGCAAUCCCUUCGUCUGCAUCUUCAGGGAAGAGCCCCUUCCCCUUCAUCCCAAAAAAACCCUAACCUUUGAACUUCUGGCACGCAGCUCCACUUCUGGCACACAGCUCCAUUUCCAACAUCUGCUACCACAAAUCCGAGGUCAUAUUUAAAUGGGUAUAUUUCUAGUCUCCGAUGGACGAAAAGUGAAAAAAAGGGGAAAAUAAAGAAACUUUCCCUUUUAACAAACAAGAAAGUGGGAAACAAAAGUUAAAGUCUGAAUUUUUUGUUUAGGUUCCACUCAUUCUAUCUGAUCUAUAGCCUCGGAAGCGCUCGUCUCCUAUUCUCUGAUCGGGGUCUGCAAAUCCAAGCCACGAAUUGAAGUGGGUCUCUUUCUCCUCUCUCUCUGCUUUGUUUUGUUUGGUAUUACUUAUUUAGCAUUUUAUGGAAGAGUUGGGUGGGCUAAAAUGUGGGUUUGGUCAUUUUUCUGGUAGAGUUCUUACAUAAACAUAUCCAGGUAUUUGAUCUUUUUUGGUUUUAUUGUUUUUCCAUGCUAAAGAGACUAAGGAUAUUUUAUUAUGUCGUAAACUAGAGGCAAAAAAAAAAAAAAAAGGUUAUGAUUUAUCAUUUUUGUAUAGUAGAAUCCACAUAAUUUCGUAUGAUUGUGAUUGGCAAGUAAAAAACAAAGCUUGAUUUUUGUUCUUUUGGUGAGUGAAAGGAACCCAAAAGAAUUUUUGUUUGAAUUCCGAGCGGUUUCGAUAAAUUGGAUGUAAUCAAUAUAGGGAUUGUGACUGUUUUAUCCUUAGCUUCUUUCUUCUUCUUCUUUUUUCUUUUAUUUUUAUUUUUCCUUUGGUGGGAUUGGAAUUUGUCUUUGCCAAUGGUAGCUUUUGUGAUUAGGAGGAACUUUAUUUUUGGUUUUUUUUUUCAUCUUUUUACCUUUUCCAACUUUUGUUGUGUUUGAGUUGAGUGGAUAGAGACCCCCAUCUACCUGUUGUUGAUAUCUGGGAGUUGUUUCGUCUCUUAUGCUCCAUGAGGACAUUUUUUCCCUCUGAGUCCUGUAAAGAAACAUAACUCAAUACUUUCAAUCCACGGUCUUGGCUCCAAGUUGAAAGAGGAAAACUUUCCAAACUUUCAUCGCAGUCUUCUUCUUCAUCCAAGUAUGAGGGCAGUGAAGGAGUUUAGCAUGAAAGGUAGUUUAGGUGAGGUUCUUACAAAUCUCUUGCUGGAAAUGAUAGUUUUUGCAAACAAUUUUUGUUGUGAAAGGCUAAAAGAUGCUUGCGAUAGGAAACUUGUGUAUGGUUUCUGCUAGAGAAGAUGCGGUGGAACUCAGAGAAUAUGCACUUGAAGAGGACAAGCCAAUUUUUGCUGCCUCAUGUUUGCAAGUGUUUUUAUUUUUUUUGCGUGAUCUUCCUGAUUGUUUGAAUGAAGAUCGAGUAGUUUAAGUGUAAUAAAUAGUUUAGAGAACUGGUUUGUAAAAUAUUCUUGAAGUCAUGUGAUGCUUGUUUUCUUUUUGAAGUCUAUUUGAUGGGAGUCAAUGGAUAGUCAUUGGAGAA